AAUCAGGCUAUUACCAAGGAAUAUGCAUUUGCACAUUUUCCACAUGGAAACGCAAAUGUCACGCUUCAUAGACCAGGCAAGAGCAAAAAGUGGCAUCCCAAAUUCUACACAAGAAAAGAUAGGAGCGUGUACAUGCUUCGAGGGCAGUGGUUAGACUUUGUCCGUGACAAUCAUGUGCAGGAGAGAGAUAUCUGCCUCUUUUUACCGACAAAUGGCGGGAGAUUCACAUUUACAGUCUACCUACUUCGUGCAACAGCUACUCAUUCAGGCAGGCGUGGAGCUGGUUUUCAAAGGGUUGGCCCAUGCCUUGCUGGACCUAGUGCAAAUAUGGCUUCAGAAAUCCAUAAGGAGGAACCAACCGACGGAGAACAUGUUUCCUUGGAAAGUGACAUGCAUGAAAUUUCUCAUGAAUCUCUGGAGAGCGGCGAGGACUCUGGUGGUCCAUCUCAACCUCCCUACAUUUUACCAGGCAAGAGUCGUCUAUCUAAAUCCCAAAAGAAGAUUGUUGAAGAGAGAGUGCGAGACAUCCAAUGUGAGGUUCCAAUUUACGUAGCAAUCAUGACGAAGAGCAGCCUUGCUUACAUGCAAGAAUUUGGUUCGCGAUAUGCUGCUGCUGUGCAUCUUCCAGCUAAAGGGCAAACCAUGGUGCUCCACUGCUUGGGAAAGAUAUGGAAGAUCAAAAUGGUGUUUCAAAGGGUUCGCAGGUGGUUUCUAAGCGGAGGCAGGCCCAAAUUUGUUCGUGGCAAUGGUCUGCGAGCCGGUGAUAUCUGCUUGUUCGAACUGAAGAAGAACCAGAAGAAGCUUACCAUGAAGGUCCAUAUCAUCUCCAGGGAGCAGCUUUAGUUAGUAGCAGUAGAAAAUGGUGACCCUUGUUCUUUCUGCUGGUACCUUGUGGGUUACUUUGUCGUUUUGUGCUUUGAAAUAAUCCAUGGUUUGAUGCACAUCAGUACCCAUCCUGAGCAAUCUAGUACUUUUUAUGCGAUGCUACAUCUUUUGUGAGUUAUUACUUGUGGUU